AUGGACAACCACCUGUAUUCCGGAAGUCCCCAACCUUUGCAGUCUCAAGACUCUUCUUCUUUAAGCUCUGUUUAUCUCCGUUUGCAUUCUUUUGACGACAUUUCUACUGAACAAGCAAGUCUUUCCAUACCUGCUAGCUUCCAGCAGCAAAGUACAGCGCACCAGACUUCUCCAGCAUUUUCUCCAUCCGCUUCCCAGCUCCCUUUCUUUGCUCUGCCUGCCCCAUCUCUCCACUCUGCAAGUCCGGCAUCGGGAGUCUUUGGGCUUCCAAGUCGAAGCUCGUCGGUGGAUUCAGCGCAUUACGACGCUGCCAGGUUCCGUGAAAGUGGGAAUGUGCAGUACAGCCACCUCCACCAUGAGUGUCAGAGCCUCAGGCAGCAAGUAGAAAAUUUGACGAUAGAAAACCGAACACUCAAAUUCGCAUACACUAAACUUGCACGGAGCGUAACCUCGACAUCGACCACCCCUGCUCUCUUGAAUGACGGCGAUAUUGAAAUUAUCGAGCCUGUACUAGAUAGCAACGAGGCAAUCAACUUCGCAUCCUUCUCUCGACCUCCCCUGAAGCCACUCGCACGCGCAGACUACCCUAAGGUCACGUACUGGCACAAGCAUGAGUGGAUGUCCGCUUCUAAGGCCAUGAAAGCAGAUGCUGACGAUCCGAACAAGAAAAAAGGGCCGCAAACUAACAGAAACACGACAAUGAUGUAUGUCGAAGACAAGGACGGCAAUUGCAUCGACGGGCACAGAGCAAGGGAGAUACGCGCCGUGGUAACACAGUUCUGGCUUUGGCUGAAGAAGGUGAAUCAAUCGCCGAGGACGUGGACACAACUGGACCUCAAGCUAUCGGACUUGUAUCGACUCGAAAUGGCCUACCGAUUUCCUGAGCUGCAGCUCUGCGAAGGUGGAUGGAAGGCCGACAUGAUCGCGAUCCACUCAUACUCCCAAUGGUAUGGAAGAUCUGUUGUACAAGGCCCCCGUCGAGUCAAGAAAGAGGCCCCCAACCAGGAUAUGCUUGUCGCUCAACUCACUUCGGCCAAACGACAAAAUGAAGAUCCCGAUAGGCUUUCGAGCGAGCCCCCCAAAAAACCGAGGCUUGAUCCACCUCAGCACAGCACAGUUGCCGCCAAGGAUGGCAGAAUUCUCGCUCCGGACAACGAGGUCGCCCAUGCUCCAGAUGGCAAGGCUAUUGCUACGGAUGGCGACAGCAUCGGUCUGGAUGUUGGUGCUACCGCUAUGGAUGGCGGGGGCAUCACUUUGGGUGCCGAGACAGCCAUAACGAGUGUUGGGGGCAUCGUUGAGGAUGCUGAGAACACCGCCCAGGGUGACGAGGGUUCCGCUCAGCGUGACACGAUCGCUAACGUAUCAUCAGCUGACAGCAUCUUGCCAGCGUCCCCCACAUCACAGCCGCAUGGAUCCCAACCGGUUCCUCCAAGACCAAGAAUUGUAACAAAGCCAAUGAACCCGCUAUCAAAGCUUUUCCGAGGCGCUCCUACCAGGCCCCUGCCAACACUCGACAUCAACAGCCUCGGCCCUUCCGAUGCUGCCCCUGCUGCCAACACAUCUAACGUGCUAUCUACGACACGUGACACCACAACUAACGAAUCGACACCCAUGUUUACAAGUCCCAGUGUUACCACUGGCAGUGCUGACACCGCUACAGAUGCAGCAGCGGCAACGACAACAAUAACAACAACAACAACAACAACAACAGCGGCAGCAGCAGCCGCCACACUAGCAGCAGCAACACUAGCAGCCGUCGCACCAGCAGCCGUCGCACCAGCAGCCGUCGCACCAGCAGCCGUCGCACUAGCAGCCGUCGCACCAGCCGCACCAGCCAUCACCACCGCAGCAGCAACAACAGCAACAGCACCAACAGCACCAGCAGCAGCACCGGCAGCACCAGCAGCACCAGCACCAGCACCAGCAGUGCCAGCUGCCUCAGCUUCAAGCGCUUCUUCAUCGAAGGCUCCUAGCCGGAAAAAGGGCGUUGGUAAUGGUGUGUUGCGCAUAGGGAAGCAACUUGUCGCAAGGAAUAUAUGUGCACGGCAAUGGAAAGAACAAUUUCCGAAAGGAACGACUAACGAAUUCAAAGUUUACUGGUCCAGUCUCUCUCCAGACGAACUCGCGGUAUAUGACCGUCUCGAGCAAGAACAGAUGUGGAGAGAUCUCUCGUUAGAUCUGACUACACCGGAUUUUCACUGGGGAUCAGAGCGCAGAUCUUCGAGGCGAGGCGGAGUCUCGGGCCGAUCCAUCCAUCGCUGCAUCGCUGCGGCCGAGUCGUAUAUCCAAGACCUGCCCAUCGACCUAUCCGAGGUCAUAGACCCGGAGGUCGAUACAAACACCACAGCAAACGUGCCCGUCCACCCAGCCGCAGUAAUCGCGCUUCUGCGUGCCAUCAACUACGAUGACCAAGGGUUACUCAUGGCACCCUUUUACGACGUCUGUCGCUGCAUCCCUCAACUCAGCAGCGGUGUACAUACCAACGAUCCUCUUUCCUGCCUUGCGCCCGCUGAUACCGAUAUUGAGCGGUUCGUGAUUGGCCUCGUGCGCCUCCAGAUGACCCAGGUCCAAAUGUACACCUCACCAAUGCUCGUUGCUGUCCCCGAGCACUGGGGGACAUGCCAUUCUGGGCUUCAUGUCGCAGCCAGUGGAGGAUUUGGAGACUGUGAGGCAGAUGGUGUGGUCGGCCACGACAGAGUCAGGUUUUCCUUGGAGCGUGUGUUCAGCGUGUCGCACGGAGGUGCUGCAGCACGUAAAGCGGCAGCAGACAGAACUGUGGCACUUGAUGCCUAUGUUUUGCCCUCGAGUGCGGUUGAUGAAAUCUGCUGCUCUCUACAUAGAUCUGGUCCCGUGAACGCCUUGCUUCAAGAUAUCUUCUCUGGCUUCCCAUUGCGAUGCAGACUGUGA